AUGAAGGUCGCUAAAGCUUCGCUCCUCGCUAUCUUGGCACACUCGGCCAGUGCCCGCUUUAUCACCAAGGAUGAGAUCAACCACGUCCAGCUGUAUCCCGCUGGGUCUGAGCCUGAGAAGUACCUGAUUGAGCUCGCCCCUGGCGACACUCGUUGGGUCACCGAGGAGGAGAAGUGGGAGCUUCGCCGGAAUGGCAAUCGCUUCUUCGAUAUCACCGACCACAAGGAUUUCGGCACCGCCCGUCUUCACACCGCGGCCAAGGCCAAGAGCGUCUUCCCUGAGAAGUGCCAUCUUCAGGACAAGGUCAAGCCUCUAAUCAAGGAUCUAGACAAGUCCGAGAUCCAAAAGAACCUCGAGAAGUUCACAAGUUUCCACACCCGCUACUACAAGUCCGACUAUGGCCGCCAGUCGUCAGAGUGGCUGCUUUCCAAGAUUAACUCUAUAAUCAAGGAUGCGGGUGCUGAUAAACAUGUCUUUGCUGAGGCAUUCCCUCACACAUGGCAGCAAAGCUCCAUUAUUGUCACUAUUCCCGGCAAAUCCAACCGCACCGUCAUCAUUGGUGCCCAUCAAGAUUCCAUCAACUUGUGGCUGCCCUCUAUCCUCGCCGCUCCCGGCGCUGACGACGAUGGCAGUGGCUCUAUGACCAUCCUCGAGGUUCUGCGCACCUUGCUUAAGUCCAAAGACGUCGUUGAGGGGAAAGCCGACAACACUAUCGAGUUCCACUGGUACAGCGCUGAGGAGGGUGGCCUCCUUGGUAGCCAGGCCAUCUUUAAAUCAUACGAGCAGGAGAAACGCGAUGUUAAGGCCAUGCUCCAGCAGGAUAUGACUGGUUUCGUGCAAAGGACGCUCGACGCCGGCCAGCCUGAGAGCGUCGGCGUCAUCACCGAUUUUGUCGACGCUGGACUGACUGACUUCAUCAAGAAGGUCAUCGUCGAGUACUGCAAGAUUCCUUACAUUGAAACAAAGUGUGGCUACGCCUGCUCUGACCAUGCCUCUGCCAGCAAGGCAGGUUACCCCUCUGCCUUCGUUAUCGAGUCGGCCUUCGAGUACUCGGACAAUCACAUUCACAGUGUUGAUGAUCUUAUCAAGUACCUAUCCUUUGACCACAUGCUUGAGCAUGCCAAGAUGACUCUUGGCCUUGUAUAUGAGCUCGGCUUUACCAACUUCCCAGCCCUUGAGAAGAAGGGCGAAACCUUCUCGGAGGAGUUGUAG